UGCCGGACACCUUUCGUCAUGGCCCGCCUACAGAAGUACCCUAAUGGUCUUAAGGAACCUCAGGCCUUGUGCCGGUGGAUUUUACAGAAGGUCAGGAUAAGCCGAGACCGUUCCAGGAAACCAAGUGACGAGACUGUGGGACGGAGACUAUGUCCAACCCGAUUUACCUGUGCCCACCCCAGGGCUUAGUACAGCACCUGGCAUGUAGUAAGCGCUUAACAAACACCACAGCGGUGAGAGUAAACGUGCACCACAUACAUCGAUACGGCACAGCAGCAUUCAUUUUUUUCCAUUGGACAACAGAGAGAGCACAGGCACUGCCGUAUCUCGGAGUUGUGUGGUUGUCUGGCUUCAACUCAGAUCAUCAGUCAUUACGUCAACCCGUCAGUGGCGCGUCUUGAGUGCUCACCAAUUUAUCAUCAUCACUCUUUGCUGACCUCUUCCAGACCACAGUACCUGAAGCAACUGGAAGACUACUUGAGGAGACAGCUGAUGUUCCUGGACCUGAUGAAAGAGAAGAAUCCGGACCUCAGGUUCCAGCCUUUCAGGGAAGUCUUUGAAUACUUUAUAGAGGACUUCAAAAUCUACAAGCCCUUGCUAGCGUCCAUAAAGAAUGCAUACGAAUUCAAGUUGGUCAGUCUACAGGAGAAGAUUCGGACCCUCGAGCCGCUGAAAUUGAAACUGAUCACUCUCCGUGAAGAGUACAUACAGAAGAUCCUUGCCAUCCGGUGUGAAGAGAAACAUGAAGUCAAGAAGCUGAAUGAAGAUAAAUUAAAUUUGAUGAAGGUUAUUAGAAAAAAGAAUGAAGAGGUGAUCUCUCUGGAGGCUCAGGUGGCCAGGCUGCGGAAGAGUCUGACAGAGGAGUACGUCCAAUAUCGUAAUGAGAGUGAUGCCCGAAAGGUCCUCCUUGCAGAUCUUAAUGAGCUGCGAUAUCAACAGGAUGAGCUGUCCCUCCUCCAUCCUACAGAGAUUUGGAAGGAAGACCAAGUGAAGUUGAAAAUGGCCUUAAAGAUGGCUCGUCGGGACCUCACCCAAGCCCAGAUGGAGAUGACCUUAUUGAGGGCAAAUUUUGGCGAUGUUGUCCCCAGGAAGAUCUUCGAACAGCUGGAGAAAAAUCAUAAUGUACUACUGGAAGAGAUGGAGAUGCUGAAACAUUUCUCGGAGGGCCUGCGAAAGGAUUACAACACAUUGCACCAGCAGCACAGAGAUACUGUGAAGGAGCGAGAUCAGCUUAUCCUGGAGGUGCAGGAGCUCCGCCGUAGUCAUACUCCCCGGCCCAACUGGUCCAAGUGCCCCGAGGUGGUGGCUGGAGGGAUGGACCGAUGGCAGACACUGAUCCGGGGAAAGAACAGUGACCAGCUGGUGGAUGUGCUGCUGGAGGAGAUUGGAGAGAGAUGGCUGAGAGACCAGGAGGUCUUCCCAGGACUGGGUCAGAGUGAUGAAGUGCCUGUGUACCUGCGGCAUGACAGCGCCGUCAAAAACAAGAACCUGAGCAAAAAGGAAGUGGUGGACAUCAUCAAGGAUAUCUGGAAAACACGAGGAGAAGAAGAAGAGUGUCAGGAGAAUCUGCCAGAGUAUUUCCUCAGAUACAUAAAAGAGCACUACGAGGAAACUUCAGCCAUGGAAUGGACCUACAGUAUCUACGAGACCAUUAGGAUUUUCCGCUGCAAUGAGGUCAUGAGACAGUUCUACGACAUCCUGACCAGAAAGGUGGAUGAGAGCACAUUCCUCGGCCAGAACCAGAUCGUAGCCGAGUUGCUGAAUGAAUUGGCCAAGAAAGAUAUCCAUAAUGGAGGGCUCUUCAGUAUAGAGCAAUUCAGCACCAUCCUCAAGAGGACCUUCCCCCUCAAGAAGAAGGACCAGAUCAUGGAGCUGAUGCAGACUACUGAUUGCCCCUUGGAUGACAGCUCUAAUCCAGUGCAGUACCGAGUGCUGUUCAGAGAGGAUGAAGAGGGCAACGCGGAGCCCUUCAUUCACAAGCUGCGGAUUCAGUACCUGAAUGAGAAGCUGACCUACCUUCAGGAGUUGCGUCAAGUGUUGGAACCUGGCCCGAAUGUGAACGCCGUGCAGCUGCGGGCAGCCUUUAUCGCCAUUGACCCCUGUAUGGAUACGAAGACCCUUAACAACUACCUGAGCCAGGCCUUCCAGUGCACUCCGGCUGAACUGGAGCUAGAAGGCUUCCAGCCAGUGGAGACCUUGCUGAAGCGUCUGCAGGCUGGGAUCGUCCACCGGUUCGGGCCCCAGAAUCCUGGGGCUAUCGAUUAAACCAUGCAUGACCUCAAUGCUA